GUAUAAGAAAGCGAUCUAGUUUCAUUCUUUUGCACAUUGCUGUCCAUAAUCCUCAGAUUUUUGAAAGCUGAAAAGCACAUAUGUAAAAAUGUUUCCAGUAUAGCAAAUAAAUAAAAGCUCUCUUUAAACAGCUUUACAAUGUCCACAUUUCAUGCUCAUAUGAGAGCACAGAUGCUGAUGUCUUAAUGUAUGCUGUUAUGAGUUUAAUUGUAGUUCCCCAACCUCAAUUUUUAUUUUGAAAUCCUAACCCCCAAAGGUGAUGGUAUUAGAAAGUGGGGUCAUGAAGGUGGAACCCUCAUGAAUGGGACUGGUGCUUUGUAAAAGGGGCUUCAGAGAGAUCCCUAACCCCUUCCACCCUGUGAAGACACAGUGAGAAGGCAAUGGCUAUGAAGCAGGAUGGGGGCCCUCAUCAGAACAUGAGCAUAUUGGUGCCUUGAUCUUAGACUUCCAACCUGCAGAACUGUGAGAAGUAAACUUUUGUUUUUUAUAAGCCACCCAGCCUGACAUGCACUAGGACUCUCCCAUACCUCAGAAAGUGACCUUAUUUGGAAAUGGGGUCAUUGCAGAUAUAAUUAGUUUAGUAAAGAUGAGGUCAUUAUGGUGAGCCCUAAUCCAGUCUGACUGGUAAGGGGAAAUUUGGGCCCAGAGUCAUAUAUACAUAGAGAGAAGAUGAUGUAAAGAUAUAGGGAGAAGAUGGCUCAUCUCCAAGCCCAGGAAAGAGGCCUGCAUCCUUCCCUUGCAGCCUUCAGAGGGAACUAAAUUAGUGGCCACCUUGAUUUGGAACUUCUAGCCUCCAGAACUGUGAGAAAAUAAAUUUCUUUUGUGUAAGCCACUCAGUCUGUGGUACUUGGUUACGGCAGUCCUAGCAAAUGAAUGUGCACUUUCUGAGUGUAUCUUCCAACCAAUCCCUAAACCUGAGUAGGGGGAUGAGGGAAGCUGCUAACUGCUCAACUGAUGGUCAGAAUGGACCCAUGAACCGGAACUUCUGGGUUGUUUCCUUGGUGUCACCUUCAGCAUUGUUCUUUUUCCAAGAACACGUUUCGUCAAGACUUAGGCAGAUGAUGAAAUAGCAGUGCUGUCUCUCUCUCUCUGUUUUUCUUGACUUUAUGACCAGCCUAGUUUACAGAGCUACAUUUAAGACCUAGCCAAUGCUGAAAAUACUUUCUAGCCAUUUGGCUCCCCAGAGGUCAGCCUUGGACGAUUCCUGUGGCCUUGAGGAAAAUUUCCCAGUACAGGCUACUGUGUCAUCUUUGAAAAUGUUAGAUGUGGGAAAGUGGCCAAUUUUCUCCCUUUGUUCUGAGGAAGAACUGCAGUUAAUUCGUCAGGCCUGUGUCUUUGGCAGUGCUGGCAAUGAAGUUUUAUAUACUACAGUAAAUGAUGAGAUUUUUGUGCUUGGCACAAACUGCUGCGGCUGUUUGGGAUUAGGUGACGCCCAGAGCACCAUUGAACCUCAGAGACUGGAUUCUUUAAGUGGCAAAAAAAUAGCCUGCCUCAGCUAUGGGAGUGGCCCCCAUGUAGUCCUUGCCACAACAGAAGGAGAAGUCUUUACCUGGGGUCAUAAUGCUUACAGCCAGCUGGGCAAUGGUACAACUAAUCACGGUUUAAUGCCCUGUCAUAUUUCUACUAAUUUGUCAAACAAACAAGUCACUGAAGUUGCCUGUGGGUCUUACCAUUCUUUGGUGCUAACAUCUGAUGGAGAGGUAUUUGCCUGGGGUUAUAACAACUCUGGGCAGGUAGGAUCUGGAUCAACAGCCAAUCAGCCGAUUCCUCGAAGAGUCACAGGCUGCUUACAGAAUAAAGUAGUUGUGAACAUAGCAUGUGGGCAGAUGUGUUCAAUGGCAGUGGCGAACACCGGGGAGGUCUAUGUCUGGGGUUACAAUGGAAACGGGCAGCUUGGACUCGGCAGUAGUGGCAACCAGCCAACUCCCUGUAGAAUAUCGGCUUUGCAGGGCAUUCGUGUCCAGCGGGUUGCCUGUGGCUAUGCACAUACACUAGUAUUAACAGAUGAAGGCCAAGUGUAUGCUUGGGGUGCAAAUUCUUAUGGCCAGUUGGGCACUGGCAAUAAAAGUAACCAGUCCUAUCCUGUGCCUGUUGUCGUGGAAAAGGACAGAAUUAUAGAGAUUGCAGCCUGCCACUCGGCCCACACCUCAGCUGCCAAGACCCAGGGCGGGCACGUGUACAUGUGGGGCCAGUGCCGGGGCCAGUCCGUGGUCCUGCCUCACCUCACUCACUUCUCCUGCACCGACGACGUGUUCGCCUGCUUCGCCACUCCUGCCGUCACAUGGCGCCUCCUGUCUGUGGAACCCGACGACCACCUGACAGUGGCAGAGUCGCUCAAGAGGGAAUUUGACAACCCUAACACUGCAGACCUGAAAUUCCUGGUGGACGGAAAGUACAUUUAUGCACAUAAAGUCCUUCUCAAAAUUAGGUGUGAGCAUUUCCGCUCCUCAUUGGAAGACAACGAGGAUGAUAUUGUAGAAAUGAGUGAGUUUUCGUAUCCUGUCUACCGAGCCUUCCUGGAAUACCUGUAUACAGACAGCAUCAGCCUUUCCCCUGAGGAGGCAGUAGGAUUGCUUGAUUUGGCUACAUUUUAUAGAGAAAAUCGUUUGAAAAAGCUCUGCCAACAAACUAUCAAGCAAGGAAUCUGUGAGGAGAAUGCCAUUGCCCUGCUUUCAGCUGCUGUGAAGUAUGAUGCUCAGGAUUUAGAAGAAUUCUGCUUCAGGUUUUGCAUAAAUCAUUUGACUGUAGUAACACAAACUUCAGGCUUUGCAGAAAUGGACCAUGAUCUUCUGAAGAACUUUAUCAGCAAAGCAAGCAGAGUUGGAGCCUUUAAAAACUGAUCAUCUGCAAGAAAUAAUUUUUAGCAUUUCCAUUUUCUCUGCAAAAGCCAGAGAAUGACUUCUUAACUGGCUGAAUACUUAACGUCUGUCAAAAGAAGGUGGUGGUCAGUCUGCCCUGUGCUGAAGUCUGAAGUUUACUGUAGAAGGCAUUCCGCGCUCUGAUCAGACGUGACUAGCGCAAGGGAAGAAAAUUAAAAUGUCUUAUUUACCAUUUCCUCUUUCAAGUCACUUAAGUUGGACACUUUGCGUACAUUGGUCUAAGUAUAUGCUAUCCUGGCCAAAUUUCUGUUCUUCAACAGGCUGUUAUCACAUAGAGAGCUGGUCAUUACAUUGUCAGCAUCCAGAAUGGCGCGCUGCAUACAUAGGCACUCAGUUCAUUUAUUAUAAAUCUUAAAUAUGCCCUGCUUUAUUUGUGGGAUACUUGAUGAAGGAAUAACUUGCACAAAAACAAAUUUGAAACAGCCCGUAACUACUGAGGUUCAUAUUCUUCUGGUAUCUGGUUCUAAGUAAUAGUGGCUUACAUAGAACAUUAAUUAGAAUUCAUAAAUGGCCUUGAUAAUUUAAUUGUCAAAGUCCCAAGGGCUAAUUUUAAUUUUCUAUUUACUCUGAGUCAUUAAUUUCUCAUAUGGGAUUACUGAAUAUGAAGUACUGUCUUUGAAUGAAUGUUAUUUCUGGGCUCAUCUGCCUUACAUAAUUGCAAUAAUGUCUUUUCCUUUUGUGUUGAGAGAUUUGCCUAUGUAAAAAUGAUUAUGUGUUUUUCUUGUAGUGGAGUUUUAUGUCACUAUAAAAGAGUUCUCUUAAUCUGGCACAGAAUAAUUAUAAAGUACUAGCCGAAAAGGGACUCAUACUUACAUUUCAUGGACAGCAUUAAGAAUGAGAUAAUUUAUACUUUUUCGGUCAAAAGAAGUUAGCCAACUGCAAAAGAAAAACUGAAAUGGGAUGUAGGAUGUAGUGUCAGAUUCCUCUAAUACGUGUUUCACAAAAUGGUAUGUAUUUCACAAUAUGAUAUUAUGUAAAGAAAACUUUUGGAAUUAGAAACCUUGUUCUGAUGCUGAACUAUUUGAUAAUAAACUGCUUAUUUGUAGAUAAUAGAA